UCCCAGACCGCACAACCACCAGCCAUGAGCGCCGCCGAGACCGAGGAGGAAGCGCCGCCGCCCCAGAAGAAGUCCAUCUUCUCAUGCUUGACGAACCUGCCCGGCGUGUGCGUGCCGCAGAAGAGCGCCGAGGGAGAAGAGCCCGCGCGCCGCCUGCGUCCUGCGACGCGACAGCGAUGAUGAUGGUCCACACACAGGCGACCAGCUCCAAGACGCCCAAGAGCAAGAGCCCGACGUCCGUCGCCUCGAAAUUUGCGGCAUUGUCCCCCUACAAUAGAAAAAGGAAGCAAGAAGAACAAGCAGCAAAAGAGCACGAGGAGACGAGAUUGAGGGACCAAUUUAGACGAGUGGACACGGACCACAGCGGCAAGGUCGAUCGGCACGAACUUAAAUUUCUACUUAACAGAGUUACGGGCAGCACACCGACGGAGGACGAGCUCGAUGAAAUGAUGGCCGGCGUCGACACGUCGGGCGACGGUUUGAUCGACUUCGAGGAGUUCCGGGGGAUCCACCAGAAGGCCAAGUCCGGUGAACUGCGCUUCGCGGAACUGUCAAGAGUAUUGACGGAGUUCGACGAACUGGUCGGUCUGCUGGACGACGACGACUUGGCCACCGAGGAACAAUCUGCACAGAAGAAGCCUAGACUGAAGUCUCCAAUGUCCCUCUUCUCCCACAAGAAGAAGGAAGGCGAUGCUACAACUCCCAAGCCUGCGAAGAAGUCGCCCAUGGCCUCGAUGAAGGCCAAGUUCUCCUUCGGCAAGAAGAAGCAGCAUGAUGAGGCGGAGGAGGUCGAGGAGGCGUCCGAGGCCGAAGAGGACGAGCCCGCGGGCCCUUCCGAGUCCCUCGAGACGCGCGAGCAGGCCUCCCACAAGACGCCGGCGAAGACUCCUGCAAAGAGCCCGCCGCUGCCCGCGCGGCCGUCCACUUCCGCAAAGAAGUCGCCGCCCCUGCCGCCGCGGCCGUCGUCGCCUAAGAAAACUGAUGUGCCGGCGCCCGUCGUUGUCGAGGAAACGGCUACUAUACCGGCGGCGCCGGCGUCGACGCCCGACGGCCCGCGGAAGUCGGGGGCGAUGUUGGAUGAUGAGAGCGACUCUGAUGAGGAGGCGGCACCAGAAGGUGAGGAGGCGGACCGCGUCGGCCCGCUGUCUCCGUUAACGCCCGCGCCGGAGCCGACGCCGCAGAAGACGGUGGAGGACGACAUCGCCGCGGAGAGCGUCACGAGCUUCUCGCCCUGA